AUGGCUACUCCUUCCGAAGCAGUAGGAAGUGUCUGUAAUUUCACAGAGAAGCUUCGAAAGGAGCAUGAGCUCUAUCUUUUGAAGUACUGUUUAUUGAUUCACCAAGACCCAACGCAGGCAUUGGGUCCGCUGGAUCAACGCCCUCAGAAGGUACCGCAAAUCCCAAGGUUUGUCGUCACUGAGCGCAUGACAGAUACCGGUGAUAGCUAUGUAUGCUCAGGGGGUGACCCCCAAGGAGAAGCAAAGAUCGAUAGACGCGGAACGCUGCUGGGAAGCCGCCACUUCCUCUUCCCUACGUUCACACCUCCUACACGACCAUACGGCGUCUAUGUUUUGGUGAGAGAUCUCUUGAAAUGUCUUGGUAGACAGGAAAGUGCUGAGCAAUUUUUGGAGAUGCAUCAGGAACUCUACGGUCUUAACGCCACAUCUGAGGAAUUGGCGUUUCUGCGAACGCACGGACUGGUUCAAGACGCUGAUUGCUCAGAAAAUGAGAUGUAUGUUACGACAAAAUCUGUAUUUAUGCUUUUUGGAGCCCGAGUGGUGGUUGGGGGAACCAGGUUGGUCGACGACUACUGGGAGGAAGCUAUCAAGGAACAAGGGUUCCUGCCGCACUUUCGCGUUUUCGAAAUAAAUUCUAAAAUACUGCAAUCUGUGACGACAUUGAAACCUACUGCCAGUGAUGACACUUCUCUCGUUGCGGAUGCGGAUGCGGCUACCAGGAUACCGGACGAGUUGCCUCACUUAACAGUGGCAGAGGAGACUUCCUCAGAGGUAAUUCAAGACUAUGCUAACCAGUUUAGUAAUGGUGAGCAUUUGAACAUCAUUAUUCCAGGCCAAAACAUAACCGGUUCCUUGGAACUCAGUGCACAGUGCAAGCUACCGAAAUACCAUAGCAAAAUGUCUUUACAUGCUGCGACCCAGUUGGGAUUUCAAGACACACCGAUAGGCUCGAUCCCUGUAGCGGCUCCGGUCGCUACGACUUCUCAUGAAAAGGGUGAUAAACGCCUCUUGAGCGGCAUUUUAGAUCCUUUAGUGAUAUCAAAGGUUGACCGGAGCGGUGUGACCCAGUGGGGAAACUCUGGGAUAGUUGCUCAGGACGUGUCUCUCAACAUCAAUGGGUGGAAAUUUGACUCGUUACCAGUCAAAUCUGUUGGAAGCGCCAAUUCCAACUACUCGAUAAAGGGACUUCCGCUAUAUGAUAACGUGAAACUGGCAGAAAGACUGAAAAAACUGACGCCAACGGAAAUCAACGAGAUGCAAUAUCUGCAUGAUUCUGUCUACGUUAACACGAAGCUGCAAAGUGCCCGAAAGGUAAGAAAGACGAAAUGGACGAAGUACUGGCAAUACAAAGCCGGACUUCCUAUUGGUAUAACAGAACGAGACGGCGGCCUAGCUCUGAAAAAAUAUUUUCAAGAGGUUGCAAGUCAUAUUGACGUUGUGAGUACGAUUAACACUGCCCUUGACCGAGAGGAAGUCAAAACUAUCAAAAGAAGGCCGACUGCAAACUUUUUGGGUUACUCUAACGUUACAGGAUUGAAACCACCUUAUGUAAAUGAUUGA